CAGCAGCGGAGACCGCUCUGCCCCCCCCGCUCAGACUGGCCUCCCAUUGUGACAGGGCAGCCUCCGUCAGAGACCAGCUCCUCCCUCUCUGCUGCCAGCCCCCGAUCGCCACCCCCCCCCGGGUGGGGGUCCCGUUUGAUUUAAGGGUGGGCAAGAGGGUCGGAGUUGAGUUUGCACUGUCGCUGAUCGUUAAUUACCCCUUUACCUCAGGUUUGGGUGUCCUUAUUCCCUGCCCUUUUUCCUUUUCCUCCCCCUCCCCCCUGAGAGGCGGACACAGUCCUGUGUCGGCCAUUAACCUUCCUUUCCCGUCCUUUUAAACCUGCAUUCCCUCCUCCUCCCACACACACACACACACACCCACCCACCCCAACGCGAGAUCGCGCCGCAAACAAAACCAAGCAAAUUUCAGAAGAUUGCUUACAGUAAGAAAAGUGUCUGCAGAAAGUCAGCGACCGUCAGUCCCUUCAAGUACAAAGGCAGGGAGAGAAGAUGUUUGACAGGCACAGAAUCCCUUUUGUUUGUUUGGAUGUAAUAUGCCUCAUACUGGCUGGUAUGCCAAUGGGCGUUAUAAAUUUGUUCAAAGUAAAACCAUUUCAAAGAGGUUUUUAUUGUGAUGAUGAAAGCAUCAAGUACCCAUUCAAGAAUAGUACCGUCACUUCCACUGUGCUGUAUACAGUGGGGCUUUCACUGCCCAUAUCAUCUAUAAUCGUGGGAGAGAUAGCUUCGGUUCAUUGGAACCGUUUGUACUCAAACUCCUUUGUUAGAAAUUCCUACUUAGCCACUCUUUACAAAGCCAUAGGUACAUUUUUGUUUGGGGCUGCAGCAAAUCAGUCCCUGACCGACAUUGCCAAGUAUUCCAUUGGUCGUCUUCGGCCUCACUUUCUUGAUGUUUGCAAACCCGACUGGGCGAAAAUCAACUGUGAUUUGGGAUACAUAGAUGAAUUCACAUGUCUGGGUGACCCAAAGAUGUCCAUAGAAGCACGGCUCUCCUUUUUCUCUGGCCAUUCAUCCUUCUCCAUGUACUGCAUGGUGUUCCUCGCAUUUUAUCUUCAGGCACGAAUGGUGGGCGAUUGGUCCAGACUUCUACGUCCAACACUUCAAUUUGGCUUAAUUGCAUGUGCAGUUUAUGUGGCCCUCUCACGUGUGUCCGAUUACAAACACCAUUGGAGUGAUGUACUGACUGGCUUAAUUGAGGGAGCUAUUGUCGCCAUCCUGGUUGUGGUGUAUGUGUCAGACUUUUUCAAAGACAGAGUGGUUAGAAUUUCACGUUCAGAUGAGGAAAAUUCACAUUCAACUCUUCACGAGACACACGGAAACCAUUUUGGCAGGAAUCAUCAGCAAUAAAAGAUCAUCCUGUGCAUCAGUGAAUGUAAAUCUGUCUGACUGUAUAACUGUCAGAACAGAAUUUCAUGAUACACACCUACUCAAGUUGAUAACCAUCUAUAUGGAUAAGCAUCUGCUGCUAUACCCUUGGAAUCCACUUUGUAUAUAUUAAAUAUUCUUAUAUACAAUUAAAUUUUGUUAAUAAUUUCAUGUUUUUUAUUUCUACAUUAAACGGUUAUCGCUAAAAUGAUGUGAAGCAGUCAGAUUAGUGCAAAAUGUAAAAUGUUUAUUAAAAUAACAGUUAUGUACAGUUCCAGCUGUUGAAGCUUGCUUUGAUGGUGCUUGAGUUCAACUACACACAAAAGCAAUGGAAAAUAAAAAAAAAUACAAAGUUUGCCAA